GUAGGUGACGUCAAUGGACCUCGGUAACCAAAGAUGAACGUGAGAUGACUUUCGACCGCAUCAACAUCCUUGACGAUGAUGAGCCGCACUUCUACGUAUUCUCUUCCGGCAGGAAUAUGACGACGGGCACUUCUGCUGCCUCUGCAUGUUUUCACAAGAAAUUACAUGAUGAUGAAGAAAGCAGGCAUCUACAACACCGGUCAACCAUCACGUUUCACUAGUCGAAUCCAAAAGCGUUCCAGGAACACGAUAACAUUUAGGAUGUGACAUUACAAGAGGCAUAGUCUAAACUUUUGAUACAAUCACCCGUGCGAAAGUCUUGAUUUGC